AUGGUAGGACGCAAGCGGGGGCGGUGGGACGAUGCGCCUCGCAAGCGCCGCGCUGCGCCGAGCGGCGCCGUGGAUGUAGGCAAGGGGCGCAUCAUGGAUCUUUCGGACGAGUGCCUCUUGCAUGUCCUCUCGUUUCUCGACGCAAAAGACGUCGCGCGCGCCGAAGGGGCCUGUGCACGCUUCGCGCGACUCGGUCGGGCGAGCGCCGUGUGGCGCGAGUGCUUUGUGCGCGAGUUUGUGAUGAAGAGGGGCAGCCUGCCUCUGGAUGCGGCCAUAGAACCCCUGCUCGCACACGACGCAUCGCGAAAAGGGCGCGCACUCGCCACACUCCCCCAGCGCUACCAGCUCGGUCGAGGGGAGGUGCCGAGCGUGCAGCCCGACUGGCGCAGGCUGUACCUUGCGUGGCGCAACUGGCACCUCGGGCGCGUGCGUGUCGCUGCGCUGGGCGACGUGCCUGCGCAGCAGAAAGAGGGGCGCUCUGAUACCCAUGCCUCGGACACGCUGGUCCAGGCCUCGCCGAACCUCGUCUUUACUGCGCCACGCACCGGCGCACGCGCGCUGCCGGACGUGACGCCGGACGCGUUGGUGGCGGCGCUCCCGUACGUGUCCGUGUUUCUUGCGGACGCGCCGUCGAGCGAGCGCCACCUUCCGCUUGCGCGCCUCCAGCCGUACGCACUCGCCGAGGCGAUUGCAGAUGCAGCGCAGCGCGACGCGGCGCUCCUUGCAUUCCUCCAAAAGCACGGCCUCGCACUCACCGAGAUGCGGCUCGAGCAUACGGCCGAGGCGUGGAGCGUCCGCCUGUGCCUGUGCUUCCAGCCGGGGGUGCUGGCCGUGCUGUCGGUCGCCGUGCGCACCUCGCUCGAGGUGCACCUCGACCACGUACUCCUAGUCCACGGCGCGGCACGCUGGCGGCCGAUCCGCCAAGCGGCGUUUGCCCGCCAAGUGCUCGUUACUUGCACGGACGACUUUCGCCUGCAAAUCUGGCACGUUCCGCGGAGCGGGGCGCCGGCGAUGCUGCGUGCGCUGCGCAGCAGCAGCAGCCGCUGGCCGGCGUCGGUCGCGCUGCGGCCACUUGCCUCGAGUGCCUACCAGCUCUCGAUCACCUACGCGACACCCGUGCGCGGCGCGUGGACCGUGACGCUGCAGGAGCUGCUGCUGCGCCUCACCCCGGCCGGGCUCGAGGUGGGGAGCCGCGUCGCGCAUGCGUCGGCACACGCAAACGUGCAUGGACGCCUGCCAACCAUUACGAGCAUCAGCUACGACGAUCCCUACAUUGUGAUUGGGACAGAUACCAAUGUGCUGGACGUGUACGAGGUGAGCCAUGCCGGCCACGCCCCCGUUGCCGCCGGGCGCGCGGCGAGUGCGACGCCCCGCACUGCGAAUGCGCUCGCGAUCCGGCACCUGCGCACGCUGUACGGCCACACGAGCCGCGUAUGUAGCGUCGCGCUGAGUGACGGGCGGUGUGUGUCGGGCGCCUCGGACGGCAGCGUGCGCGUAUGGAGCAUGCGCAGGCCGCCCGGCGAGCACGUCGCGACGCUGCACGGCCACGUCCCCACGCCCGACGACCGCGGCCUGCUGGUCCCGCUGCUGCCGUAUGCGCCCUCGACACGCGCCACGACACUGGCCGAGCUGGCGCGCGAGCCGAUGCAUGCGUACGGCGUGAUCAAGCAUGUCAGCGCCGCGUUCGACCAUAUUCUAUGCAUCACGGCCGGGCGUGUGCGCCCUGCCGAGCAGGUCCAGAUCUGGCACUUUGCGUCGUAA